UGGCUCGGCGAGGAAUGCAGCUCCCGAGUUUGCGGGAGAUGGAGUCAGAGAGAGGCAGCGGAGGUAGCGGGGGAGCGGCGGCUGUGAUUUCAUUUUUUUAAUAAGACAGUUUCAUUUUGUUGUUGUUGUUUGGAUAACUAUUAUUUAUAAACACGUUGAGAUUUAAAAGUCUAAACUCUGCAGCCAUGAGCUGCCGCUGUUUUCGCUCGCCGUUUAACGCCCGCUCCUCGGGUUAAUAACGCGUUUACUGUAAGCGUUUACAGUAUAUAUGUAACGCAUUGUUCAACACUUUUUUUUCUUCUACCGCUGCGCGUGUGUUUUGUAAAGCGGUUUCGCGUCGUCUGCUUUCGUUGUAGCGUUCGGCCACGCGAGCGAGGAAUAGUCGCGAGAGAGAGCGAGCGAGCGAGCUGUGUGGUUUGUGGACACCGAUUCGUGAUAGCAAUGACAAUGCUGUGCGAGAGAGCGCGGGGCCGGGGCCACCAAUAGAAUCUGACUCCAGCAAAACCACUAGUCCGGUUCACAGCCGCUCCAGCAAGACGAGAAGAAGAAGGAGAAGAACCGAGCAGCAACAGCAGAAUCCUGAGCUUCAGCAGCAGCAGCAACUUCUUUGCCUAGCCUUAGGACGCAAGAGGAGACGCGUGGGGAGAAGUGAGAGAGCGGAGCCCGGGCAGCCACGGGGAAAAAUGGCGCCUGCUCCGCUCUCCUUCGCCUCCUCUCCAUCAUCAUCAUCGUCGUCGUCGUUCUUUCAUCUCAACGUCCGUUGCUUCUUCUCGUCGACCUCGCUGACGCUGCUGAUGCUGCUGCUACCGCUGCUGCUGCUGCUACCGUCAUCCGAGCAGCAACCGCAGGGGUCGCCGCGGUGCCCGCCCGGCUGCUCGUGCCGAGGAGACGGCGCCGACUGCGGCCGCGCGGCGCUGGGGCGAGUCCCCGCGGGGCUCCCGGGCGAAGUGGCGCAGCUGGAACUUCAACACAAUCAGAUUGCCAACAUCCCGACAGAUGCGCUCCGACAUUUGGUCAACUUGCAAAAGUUGGACUUGAGCUACAACCAGCUAACGACCGUAAAUCCCGAAGCUUUGGAUGGCCUCGUAAACCUACACGAAGUGAAGUUGAAUCACAACCACCUCUCGGAAGUUCCCGACCUUGGAAGUGCAACAGGCAGCGUCACCACGCUCUCGCUGCAGCACAACCGGAUCCGAGCCAUUGCGGCAAAGGACUUCCAAAAGUAUUCGUCGCUGGAGUCUUUGGAGCUAAGCAACAACCACAUCACGGAGUUAAAGGCUGGCUCCUUUCCAGAGGGCAUGCGCCUGAAGCACCUAAACUUGAAUGGCAACAAGAUUUCUCUGUUGGAGUUGGGCUGCCUGGACAACCUCUCACAAUCUCUGUUGAGUCUCAAGUUGAACAAGAACCGGAUAACGUCCCUGGCCCCCAAGCUGUUCAAGCUACCUCACCUGCAGCACCUUGAGCUGACGCGAAACCGCAUCAAGCGAAUCGAGAGCCUGAGCUUCUUCGGUCUCGAGUCGCUGCAGUCGCUCCGUCUGCAGCGCAACAACAUCGGGCGUCUGAUGGACGGUGCCUUCUGGCGGCUGGAGAAGCUGGAGAUCUUGCAUUUGGACUUCAACGCGCUGACCAACGUGACCAAGGGCUGGCUGUAUGGCCUCUCCUCCCUGCAGCAGCUCAACAUGAGCCACAACAACGUGUCGCGCAUCGACCUCGACGCCUGGGAGUUCUGCCAGAAGCUGGACGAGCUGGAUCUGUCGCACAACCACCUGAGCCGUAUCGAGGAGGGCACCUUCGUGGGGCUGGGCAUGCUGCGCUCGCUCCUGCUCGCUCACAACCACCUGAGCAACAUCGCCGACGGCGCCUUCAAGGAGCUGCGCAGCCUCCUCACGCUAGAUCUGGCAGGGAACGAAAUCUCUUGGACAAUAGAAGACAUGCACGGAGCCUUCACAGGCUUGGAAAACCUCAACAAACUGGUAUUGAGUGAGAACAAGAUCAAGUCUAUUGCCAAGAAGGCGUUUAUCGGUCUGGAGAGACUUCAUUCCUUGGACUUGAGCAACAACGCUUUGAUGUCCAUCCAAGAUGGUUCCUUCUCUUCAUUGAAAGCCUUGACAGAAAUGCGGCUGAACAGCAGCAGCCUGCUGUGCGACUGCACUCUCAAGUGGCUGUCGCCGUGGCUGGAGGAGCGUGGUUUCCGGGACACGGUCGAGGCCGACUGCGCUCACCCCGAGUGGCUCAAGGGCAGGGACAUCUUCAGCGUGGAGCCCGACUCCUACGUGUGCGACACGUUCCCCAAGCCGCAGAUCAGCGUCCAGCCCGAGACGACCAUGGCGCUGCGCAGCAGCAACGUGACGUUCGUGUGCUCGGCUCGCUCCAGCAGCGACUCGCCCAUCACCUUCUCCUGGAAGAAGGACAACGAGGUCAUCUCGGACGGCCACGUCGAAAACUACGCACAGGUGCGCGAGCGGGAAGAGGAGGUGACGGAAUACACGACGCGGCUGCACCUCAUCAGCGUGGACUUCAAGCACGAAGGCCGCUACCAGUGCGUCAUCUCCAACCACUUCGGGGCCUCCUACUCCAACAAGGCCAAGCUCACUGUCAAUAUCUUCCCGUCCUUCGCCAAGCUGCCCAGGGACAUCACAAUCCGCGCGGGGGCCAAGGCGAGGUUGGAGUGCGCUGCCGAGGGCCACCCCGUGCCACAGAUCGCGUGGCAGAAGGACGGCGGCACGGACUUCCCCGCAGCGCGCGAGCGGCGGAUGCACGUCAUGCCCAAGGACGACGUCUUCUUCAUCAUGGACGUGAAGCCCGAGGACAUGGGCGUUUACAGCUGCACGGCGCAGAACGGCGCCGGCACCAUCACCGCCAAUGCCACGCUCACCGUGCUUGAAACGCCCUCGUUCGUCCGUCCGCUGGAGGACCGCACGGUGGUGGUGGGCGAGACGGCGGUGCUGCAGUGCAUCGCCGGCGGGAGCCCCGCGCCCAAGAUCUCCUGGACCAAGGACGGCGGCGUGCUCAGCGUGACGGAGCGCCACUUCUUCACGGCCAGCAACCAGCUGCUCAUCAUCGUGGGCUCCGGCGCGGAGGACGCCGGGCGCUACACCUGCGAGAUGUCCAACACGCUCGGCACGGAGCGGGGAGACAUUGUGCUCAAAGUGACGCCGUCUCCAAACUGCGAGCCCGUGGCACCGAUAAAGAUUGACGACGGCAGCACGGUUCUGGGAAUCGUGACCAUCGCCGUGGUGUGCUGCGUGGUGGGCACCUCGCUCGUGUGGGUCAUCAUCAUCUACCACACGCGGCGCAAGAGCGAGGAGUACAGCUCCACCAACACGGGUGAGAUGAGAAAUGAGACGAUGGUGCCCCCGGACGUGCCCAGCUGCCUCUCAUCGCAAGGGGCGCUGUCUGAGCGGCAGGACGUCCUGGGUCAGAUUGGCGACGUUGGCCCCAACCACCAGCCUAACAGUGGGGCUCUGCAACCCAAUGGACACUUGGCACAGCACCGCGGUGGUGGCGGCGGUCACUGUCACGUGGAGAUGGAAUCCGACGCGGACUCUCCAGCCGGACCCCUCCUCUUCCAGCCGCAGGCGAGCGGAGCCGAGCUCAGGGUGCUGUACAGCAAGCGGGAGCCCCGGGGCCAUCUGGCAAGGCAGCAAGCCGCCGACGUGACCAGGGACGCGGCCUUGCUCCCAAAUGGAUACCCAGUCGACUGCGACGACGCCUUUAGCGAAGAUGAGGACGGCGGUGGGGGGAGCUCGGACGACGGGACGGCCCCACAGCCGGACUCCACGUGCUCACCACCCCCCAGCAAUGGCAGCCACAUCUAUCCCAGCAACCACGACCGGUUAGCGGGACCCACCGACAGCUGGAAGGGCUGCCCAUCCAAGUGCGCCGACGAGGCAUGCGCGCGCUCGGUGCGGCGUUCCCCAGCCGACACUCACGCGCUCGGCUGCCCUCGCCAGCCCCCAUCCGGGGGUCAGGUCGAGGAGCCACCGUUCCCAGACGGCGGCGGCGCUGCUCCGGCGGCGGCGGCAGCGGCGGCGGCGGUUCCCCCAGCCGCCGAGACGACGGGCCGCAGCGAACCACUCGGACAGAGAAUGAGGGAAGUCUCGCAGCCACAGCCGAGACGAAUCAAGACGUAGAGCGGCCGGCGAGCCCCGUCUCGGACACGUGAACUGACGUGCACCCGGCGCCCAUCGCGCUCACUGAGAGAUGGGUAGCGGACCUUCUCUUAAGCGACGUAAGACUGUAAACAGCUGCCGUGAUGUGACCGCAAGUUGGUACUUGUUAACGCCGCUGCCGUUUAUUUGCAAUGACGCAGGAAACACGGUUUGUCAAACUGCACAGAAAGAAAGCAUUAUGUUUUUCCCCAUACCCUGGCCCAGGAUUCUUGGGAUGGUAACUUAUUUUUAAGUUUUUGGCCUCAGUUGUACGUGACCUCAGCGUUGCAAAGCACAGCAACCCUGUGUCACAACGGUUUGCGCGAUGCAAGCAAGAACAGUACUUGGCAUCCUGCGAAGUGUUUGUACGUCAAAGGGCAUGACCCCUGGAGAGUUGGUACUUGCGCUGGUACUUGCUUAGCACGACUAAUGGUACUGCUCAGCAGAGAUAGGAAGGCUGACUUGAAUCGCGCCAAGACUGCACUGGCCGCAUGUUCUAAAAACGUGGAAAUAUAAAUUCACAGUUGGAGAGGAUUUCCAAGUCAACAAAGUUACUACGAACUUUUGCAGCCAGUUUGUGAAAUGCUUUCCUACCUCAGUCGCAACAUCACUCCUUUGAACAAUACACAUCAGUACUGAACAACACUACAGGCCUACAAUGUCCCUCUGGCAGUGAAUGAAGUGCCAGUCGAAGGACUUUACAAGAGCAACGGUUUUCCCUGUUCUGGAUCUCAAGCGUCGAUGGAAGUCGCGAAAAGCACCGAGGUUUGCGGCGAUGCUGAAAUAAAAACAAACGGACUUCUCUUUUAAAAUCCGUGUACAGCGUGUGUGUGUGUAAAAAAAACUAAUAGGAAAGAAAGAUAAAUAAGUGUUGUAUAUUUGUAUAGAUGAAAAGAGUGGAAAAGGUUUUGCAAAUUAAUUUUUUUCUAUUUUAUUGCUCUUCAUGAUGCACAUUCUAGCUCUUUCUAUUAAAACACAAAACAGCAACACUUCAAAUUUUGCACAGAACCUGCACCAGUUCUUUACCAAAUUUGGACCUGGUGAUUGGCCUUAUAUACAUAUUUUCUUUUUUGUUGACGUCUUAAAUUUAAUCGAUAAAUUAACCAAUUACUACUACUUUCUAGAUCGGUGCCUUCAUCGUAAUUAAAGCACUAGGCCUAAUUAAUCUUCCGUUGCCCUGACGUGCAACAGCACUAAAGCUGAGCGCAUGAGGACAUGGACAGCGCCUACGCUGAAGCGGCUUACCAAACUCUGCUCGUGCUUUAAUGGGAUUUAAUCAACAAGUAUUUUUCUUCAGAUGUUAUAUUGUGAUUUUUAUUUGUCUUGGUACCUUUUUCUCUUUUAAUCUCAGUGCAUUUCCUGCUACGUUGUCGACCUUGAAGCUUGUACAUAAGACAUAUCGCUUUAUUCAUUGUUUAAAAAAAAGUCCCCUGUAUUUAGGAUUUGUACAGCAUGUGUGAAAUAAAAUGUUACAUUCUCUCCGAA